AGCCAUCGAAAUGUGGGCAUUGAUCAAGCUGACCGCCAGGGCAGUGAGCGCUGGGCUUGGGCGCUGGAGCCUGGUCCUGGGCUCCCGCUUCAGCAGCUCUGAGAGCAGGCAGGCAGCCGCUGCGGCAGAUAUAGGGAGUGUUUGCCGGACACAUGUUGCUUCUGGGGCAAGCCUCCUAUCCCUGCCACCUGUUUCCUCUGUCCCUGCCCUACCACCACCUCCAGUCUGUCUCUGGGCCCCAGGGCAAUCCGGAGCACCGCAGGCUUCCCACCCCCAGCUGCCUGUCUCACACCUUCUGAGUGCCCAGCACGACUGUCUCAAAGCCCUCAAAGCCGCUGGGUGAACAAGCGCACCCGCCUCUCUGAGCCCCACGUCCCUGGGCUCCUGCCAGGCCCUGAAGGCUGAGCAGCCAGUGGGAUGCCUGGCCUGUUGAACCGAAUCACAGGGGCGGCCCUGCCCCUCACCGCAUCGGAUGUCACCUCCUUUGUCAGUGGGUACGCCCUGGGCCUGACUGCCUCCCUCACCUAUGGCAAUCUGGAGGCUCAGCCCUUCCAGGGCCUCUUCGUGUAUCCACUGGAUGAGUACACCACGGUGAUUGGCUUUGAGGCAGUCAUCGCCGGCCGCAUUGUGAAGGUACAGAUCAAGGACAAAGCCAAGCUAGACAGCAGCCACCUGGAUGCAUCCUGUACCCCAUCUUCGACUCUCACAGGGAACAUUCUGCAAGAGGGGGUUUCCACUACCCCUCAUUCCUGCGCACCGGGAAAGGUGGCCUUGGAUGAGGACUUGGAGCGGGUCCUGUUCGUGGUCAACUUGGGGACCAUCACCCCCAUGGAGAAUGUCACCAUCUUCAUCAGCACCUCGUCGGAGCUCCAGACACUGCCCAGUGGGGCGGUGAGGGUCCUCCUUCCUGCCAUCUGCGCCCCGACGGUGCCUCGAUUCUGCACCAAGAGCACUGGCCCCUCCGACCCGCAGGCUCAGGGCAAAGACUCCCACUGCUACGGCACCCAAGCCCCAGACUCCUGGAACAAGCUGUGCCUGGCGACUCUGCUGGACACCGAGGUGUCCAACCCCAUGGAAUACGACUUCGACUUCCAGCUGGAGAUCCGUGGGCCAUGUCUUCUUGCAGGGGUAGAGAGUCCCACACAUGAAAUCCGCGCAGACGCUGCCCCAUCUGCACGCUCAGCCAAAAGCAUCAUCAUCACCUUGGCCAACAAGCACACCUUCGACAGGCCCGUGGAGAUCCUCAUCCACCCCAGCGAGCCUCACAUGCCACAUGUCCUGGUGGAGGAAGGGGACAUGACCCUGGCAGAGUUUGACCAAUACUUGAAGAGGAGAACAGACUUCAUUAAAGGCACAAAGAAGGACAGCAGUGUGGAAAGGAAGACAGAAAUCAUCCGGAAACGCCUCCACAAAGACAUUCCCCACCAUUCAGUCAUCAUGCUCAACUUCUGCCCUAACCUCCAGUCUGUGCGGCCAAACCUGAGAAAGACCCACGGGGAGUUCAUCUUCCUCAUCGACAGGAGCAGCAGCAUGAGUGGGACCAGCAUCCGCUGUGUCAAGGACGCCAUGCUGGUGGCCCUUAAGAGCCUCAUGCCAACUUGCCUCUUCAACGUCAUUGGAUUUGGAUCCACAUUUAAAACCCUCUUCCCUUCCAGCCAGACCUACAGUGAGGAGAGUUUGGCCGUGGCCUGUGACAACAUCCAGAGAAUUCGGGCUGACAUGGGUGGCACCAACAUCUUUUCCCCUCUCAAGUGGAUCGUCCGGCAGCCAGUGCACCAGGGCCACCCACGGCUCCUCUUCCUGAUCACAGAUGGUGCCAUCAGCAACACCGGGAAGGUUCUGGAGCUGCUACGGAACCACGCCUUCUCCACCAGGUGCUACAGCUUUGGAAUUGGACCCAGUGUCUGCCACCGACUGGUCAAAGGGCUGGCAUCUGUGUCCAAGGGCAGCGCUGAGUUCCUCAUGGAAGGGGAGCGGCUGCAACCCAAGAUGGUCAAAUCCUUGAAGAAGGCCAUGGCCCCAGUCCUGAGUGAUGUGACUGUGGAGUGGGUCUUCCCCGAGACCACUGAGGUCCUGAUCUCACCUGUCAACACCAGCACACUCUUCCCUGGCGAACGACUGGUGGGGUAUGGCGUUGUGUGCGAUGCCUCCUUGUACAUCUCAAAUCCCAGAUCUGACAACAGACGAAGGUACAGCACGCAGCACUCUCAGGAGUCUGGCAGCUCCGUCUUCUACCACUCCCAGGAUGAGGGAGUUGACCCAGACAGUGGAAACGGGGCCAAGAGCACGGGGGCGCCCUUCAGCCUGGGGCAGGCCAAGGACGCCUGGCCAUUCGGUGGAGACUCCAGGACCCAUCACGGUCCGGACCUUUCCCAGCGACGGAGGGCAUACAGCACUAACCAGAUCACCCACCACAAGCCAUGCCCAAGGGCCACCACCGCCAGUGAACCCACAGUAUCUUCUGGGAGAUACCCACUGCGAAAAGCCAAGUUGCAAGACCUCACCAACCAGAUCAGCCUGGAUGGCCAGCAGUGGCGGAUUGAUUUACAGCCCUUGAUGAACAGUGGCCAGGACCUGAGCCAGUGCCCCAAACUGCACGGCCCAGGGGCCCGAAGGCCCUCCCUGCUGCCUCAAGGCUGCCAGCCCUUCCUCCCCUCCGGCCAGGAGACCCCGGUCUGGAGCUCCAGGAGGGAGCUGGAUCCCGGAUCCAGCCUGAAAUCUGCCCUGGACAGCCACAGCUCUGGGGAUCUGGAACCGUCAGCCUUGGAGACCGAGACAUCUUCGGACUGGGAGCCCGCAGCUGAGUCCGAGGAGGGGGCCAGUCCUGGCAGGCGGACCACCACCCCAGGCCCGGUGCUGGGCAAGGCCCUGGUCAAAGGCCUACGCGACGGGCACUGCGUGCAGUGGGAGGUGAGCUUUGAGAUGGGGCCUCCCGGCCCGGAGCCGGACUCCGUGCGGGACGCCGACCUGUGGAGUGAGACCUUCCACCAUCUGGCGGCCCGCGCUGUCAUCCGCGACUUUGAGCAGCUGGCUGGGCGCGAGGACGAGAUCGAGCAAGGGUCCAGUCGCCGCUACCAGGUGAACGCUGUCCACACCAGCAAGGCCUGCAAUGUUAUCAGCAAGUUCACAGCCUUCGUGCCCGUGGACGUGAGCAAGGGCCGGUAUCUGCCCACCGUGGUGGGGUACCCGAGCUCAGGUGUCAUACAUUGGACGGUCAGCUCCCGGACCCUGACCCGACAGUGCAGGGGCACCUCUGCUGGCUUUGGGUGGCCCCAGACCAUACCCGGAGAUGACUCAGCUGCAGGAGAUAGCACAUUUCAGACCCUAACCACAGAGGAAAGCCUGAGCUCACCCUUCAGCGAGGUCCCGUCCCCCAGCCGAGAGAAGCACACAGCUUCAGAAGGUCCCUGGCACAGCCUGCCCACCAACACCCUUCCCUCCAUGAAGGCCUCGGAGACUCUCUUUGGAUCCAAGCUGAAUUUUAACAAGUCCAGGCUGCUGACUCGAGCAGCGAAGGGCUUCCUGGGCAAGCCGCUGGUCAAAGCCGCAGAGUCCGCCUCGGGGAGCCAGAGCUUUGACUAUGUCCCUCUGGUGUCUCUGCAGCUGGCCUCCGGUGCCUUUGUGCUCAACCAAGCCUUCUGCGAGGCCAUCCACAUCCCCAUGGAGAAGCUCAAGCGGACCUCGCCCUUCUCUUGCCACCGAGUGUCCCUCUCGGCCCGCCAGCUGGGCACCAGCCUCUCACCUCCGCAGCUGUCCUGCAACAGCAACUCCCUGGAGCCCCCAGCUGAGGGCAGGCCAGGCUCAGAGCCCAGAGCACUGGUGGAGCACACGGGAAAGCUGUGGGCCACCGUGGUGGGGCUGGCCUGGCUGGAGCACAGCUCAGCCUCCUACUUCAUUGAGUGGGAGCUGGUGGCCGCCAAGGCCAGCUCUUGGCUGGAGCAGCAGGAAGUGCCUGAGAGCCACACACAGAGCACGCUGAAGGCUGCUGCCCGCCAGCUAUUUGUGCUUCUGAGGCACUGGGAUGAGAACCUGGAGUUCAAUAUGCUUUGCUAUAACCCGAAUUAUGUGUAGAGGGGAGCAGGUUGCUAGGGAAGAGGGAUGGGCCAUUUUGGCCUGGAGGGGGAACCUUUUUGAAGCUGUAGCCAAUAUACUGAUUGCUAGUAAGAGCCCUGGACUGGCAGCUGGGAGGCCUGAGUUCCAUCCCAACUUUGCUACCACCUAGCUGUGCAACUUUAGGACAGUCCCUGUCCCUGUCCGGGCCCAAGCAUCCUCAUCUAUAAAAUAAAAGGGUGAGAUGAGGCAGUAGGGCUCGAUCUUUAAAUGGUUCAAAUGUUCCUUUCUGCCCAGACUUUUGGGCAAUCCUGGGCUGUAAUGCUACUAGGGGAUAGUGACAGAAAAUACAACUAUGCCUGAGUUCCCUCUGGAGGAAGACCAUGAGGGCACGGAGUAGAAAGAGCAGUCCCCCUUCUAACCCCAGUGAAAGGGCAGAUGAGAGAACCCAGUGAUUAAAGGAAUCAGACCUACAAGCCUCCAUCCAGGCACCGAGAGACCUCCUCUGUCUGUUACACUGGGAAUGGGCUCUUGUCUCCAAGGUGACAGUCUAGGACCCCCCCCCCACUUCCCACUUCCAAGCCAGCUGGUGAACCAUCCUCCCCAGCACUUUCCACAGUGACUUGAGGGCCUUUCCCUGGGCAAGGAGACUUUUUAGUUCUGGUUUGCAGAUUUCUGGGGCUUCCUGUCUAAGGAGAGCUGGAGGGCAGAGCCCAGGGAGAUAGAGACCUCACAACCCUAAGUAUUAGAUUGAAGCUUCAGUCUGUGCGAAACAAUCCAAAGAAUAGACAUGCUCACAGAGGUCAAGGGAGAAAGCAGAUGAUACUUGAAAUAGCAUACGUACUUUCAGAAGUUGGAUAAAGCGGACACCAUGUGCUUGCAUUGAGAGGCAAGAGAGGCGCUUUCAUGGGCACUGCAUUCUGGGAUAGUGGGGAUGUGGGAGAGAGAGAGGAUACCUUUGCACAGAAAACCACGCUUGGCUGAAGUGCAGUUGGGGAUGGUAGCUUCAGGUAAGCGGCGUGAUUGGUUUGGAGAAAUGAAAGGGUCGUGAAGCAUCAAAGCAGGAAUGCCAGGGGAUCCCUCACCCCAAGCCCACGACAUGGAUUGGAAUGCCCAGCCUCUGGUUCCCUUAUGACUAGGGUCAAAUUGCCAUUGCCCCCACAGACUCCCCAGAGAUGGGUCUGGGCCCCCAGGCCGAACUGAUACACCCCUAAAGCCCUCUUUCCAAGGCCUUAGCCUCUCCUCGUCAAAUUCACUUCCCAGGAAUGGUCCCCAGGACCUUGGCAUGAAGCCCACAGACAUUCCUUUUGGUGGGUAGGUGUGGCUCUGGCACAAGUUCCAGCCUCAUGAAGACUCAAAGAACGUCCAGUCUACAGUAGGGGCCAGAGGAAGGGAGGGGCUCCCGCAGACUGCAGCAGGUGUGACUGACAGGACGUGGUGCCCUGGCCCUGCCCCUGCCCCAUCCUGCCCUCCCACAAAGAUGCAGCAUCUCCCAACGGGGAACUUGCUGCCCUGCAGCCCUUGGUGAUCACUGCUUUGCUGUCUGGCUCUGCUCCACAUUCGCCCUGUGGGAGGAACCCAGCUAGGCAGUCCCUGACACUGUACCAUUAUGACUCCAGCGGAACAGGAUGCCAGGAUGGGGUGUGGGCUCAACAUCAGUGCCACCAAGGAAGACAAGAGCUUUAGGCUGUCUUUCUCGAGGCCCCAAAGAGGCGUAAGGAGCGCAGUGCCAACUCCCUGUGCUCCUCCCUCCCCACCAUGAAAACAACACUUCUUUAGCUAUGAAGCCUGUAGCUCUAGCUUCAGGGCAAGGACAGAGGGGGCGACAUUCACUUCCUAGCUCACCACUAAGGGAAAAAUUGUCAGGCUUCAAAUCAGGACACCUGGGCUCAGGUGUCAGCCUUGAUUAGCUUGGCCAAUGAGUGGCUUCUCCGCGGAGUGCUCUGGAGCUGGGGGUCCACCCACCGCUCUGACGCCCCCAGAUGAUCAACCUGGAAGAUUUUCCCUCUCCGUGAACAUGGGUUUGCUCCAUUUCUCCGUGUGACCUUGAACAAGUCAUGUGUGCACCCGGGGCUUCUCUUCCUCCUCUAACACGAAUAGGUUGUACCAUGCUGUCCAGCCCCAGCCCCUGCCCGGUGUGACCGGUACAUAAGAUGCCUGGACAGGGUGAACCAGAAACCCAGGAAGGUGGUGAACACACCACCCUCUUCUUCGGCAAGUUCCUCGGCAGCACCCCUGCAGCAGCAGCAGGGGCUCCCUGAUGUGACUCAUACGUGAUCGGCACCGCCCCCGGCUGCCCUGCCCAGCACCCAAGCGCAGAGGAACAAAUCUUUUUUGUUUGUUUGUUUUAUUUCGAGUAACCCAAGGGCUACAGAGGGGCAUCUAGACAAGAGACAUUUUUUCAAGAAAACUC